UGUCACUCCGUAAAUUUCCUAAAUUUGAAACGGAAACUCCCGAACUAAGAACGUAUGACAGCACGAAAGAGGCCGAAACGAAGGUGAAGAACAGUUUACCGGCGGCGUAUAGGACACAAGGCAGUUAACACAAAACACUGAACAAAAUGAGUGGAACAAUCAAGGUUUUGGUGACCGGUGCUGCAGGCCAGAUUGCGUACUCCCUGGUCAGCUUCAUUGCCAAAGGGGAUGUCUUCGGAACUAACCAGCCACUGAGCCUGGUGCUGCUGGACAUCGCUCCCAUGAUGGGGGUCCUCAAUGGGGUUGUCAUGGAGCUGAAGGACUGCUCUUUCCCCUUGCUGAAGGAGAUCAUCCCAACGGACGACUAUGCGGUGGCGUUCAGGGAUGUAGACGUGGCAUUCCUGGUGGGGGCAAUGCCCAGGAAGGAGGGCAUGGAGAGGAAAGACCUCCUCGCUGCCAACGUGAAGAUCUUCAAGGGCCAGGGGGAGGCUCUUGACAAACACGCCAAGAAGAAUGUCAAGGUUAUUGUUGUGGGCAACCCAGCGAAUACGAACGCGCUGAUCUGCAGCAAAUACGCACCAAGCAUUCCGAAGGAAAACUUCACCGCAAUGACCCGUCUGGACCAGAAUAGAGCCCAAGCCCAGAUUGCUGACCGUCUAGGCUGCAAGGUGGAGGAUGUUCAGAAAGUGAUCAUAUGGGGCAACCACUCGGCCACCCAGUACCCUGAUGUACGCCACGCCACCGCAGUCGUAGAGGGAACCACCACACCUGUACAGAAGGCCGUCCAGGAUGACAACUGGCUAAAGAACGAGUUCAUUUCUACCAUCCAGAAGCGUGGUGCGGCAGUGAUUGCUGCCCGUAAGCUGUCCAGCGCCAUGUCGGCCGCCAAGGCUUCCUGUGACCACGUCAGGGACUGGUGGUGUGGGACACCUGAGGGAAAGUGGGUGUCAAUGGCCGUGUUCUCCGAUGGCUCCUAUGACGUUCCUGAAGGCCUCAUGUACAGUUUCCCGGUACGCACCAAGCCCGACCACACGUAUGAGAUCGUAAAGGGGCUCGACAUAGACGACUUCUCGCGUCAGAAGAUGGACCUGACCGCCAAGGAGCUGGAAGAGGAGCGGGCCACUGCCCUGGAGGUCUGCAGUGCUUGACUUGGUAGCCACAAGUUGUGAGCUACCUGCGUCGGCCAUUUUAUCAGUGAGCUGUAAAUGGCAGUUGUCUUAAUUAUAUAAGAAGUGUUCCUAAGUGUUGUUAGUAGGCAACACUUUCCUCCUAAACUUGGCUUCCUUUUAGAGACUUCCUUUAAACCAAAAACACCAUAAAAGUGGACUGCACAGGCUUAUCUGGGAUGACACUUUAUGCACAUUCAUUAAGCCCAUUUUUACUAGAAUGAGCCUCAUUUGAAGAUAAAUAAUGGAAAAAAAAGCAUUUUUUUGGAAAACUUUCUAAAGAUUUUUGUUGCUAAUUUUAUGUUGUUCAAAUGGUUCGUUUACCGGGGGUAUGUAAUAUCAAUAAUGUACAUCUUCACUGGUGAAGUGAUUUAUUUUUUGUUUAUAAUCAUUAUAAAUGACUUUGGCAUUUCUCUUGUUCAUGACUGAUCAAUGACUGAAAACGAUCAAGCUAAAUGUUUUUGCUUUUGUUAGAUGUUCGAAUGUUGUAUUUGCAUAUUAGUGCUUAGACAUCUAAUAGGAAUUAAAUAUGGAAAAAUGU